AUGACAUCUCCCCAAGCCUUACAGGGCCUCUCUAAGUCCAAGCAACUCAUCUACCGAGCCCCAGAACACACUGAAGAAGACAUUGCAUUUUUCCACGAUCUCAUUAACGACCCUACAAUCCAAACCCUAAGCACCGGCCGUCUCCCGCGCCCAUCACACAAAAAGUCCGCCAAGGACUUCAUCAGCGGACUCCAAGACCGCAUUCUAGGAGUAGUCAUUUGUCUCCCUCCACAAAAGUCCCGCGCAGAAGCAGGAACCGAAACCGACCCCUCGCUUCUUUCCUCGGCCCAAACUCCAGACGCACCACCACUCCCAAUCGGCCACUUAAGCCUUUCCAGCCUGACCGGACCAGACUACGCGCACCAUCGCAAUGCAAUGAUAGGAAUCUCAAUUGCGGACGGGUUUCGCGGGAAAGGAUACGGCGGCGAGACGAUCAACUGGGCGCUAGAUUGGGCGUUUCAGCAUGGUGGUCUGCAUAGGGUUUUAAUGGCGUAUCUAACUACGUUGUGCCUGAAAAGGGGAAAACAACUAGUUUCUAUAGGCGCGUUUUCGUUCAAUCAUAAUGCUUUGAGGCUUUAUCGGAAGCUGGGGUUUGUGGAUGAAGGUCGUGAGCGGGAGGCUAUUUAUUAUCGGAGGGCGUGGCAUGAUACUGUUGGUUUGUCGAUGCUGGAGCAUGAGUGGGAGGUUUUGAGGAUUGGGGAUAUGGUGCUGGAUCGAGCUGAUCGCGCUUGA